ACAUAUUGCUUAUGAAAGGAAAGGUUAACUUGCCAUUGUUCAGCAGUUAACGCAUUCUUUGGCUCAUUAAAUUCAUCAUGUGUUUAUUUCUAGCCGCGAUUUUUAUAAGUUCUGUUUUUAAAACCGCGUGUAAAUGAGGCGACGUUGAUUCGAAACCCUUCAAUUGAAAGUAUUCUGUUUAUUUCAAAUUUAUCAGUAAAAAAUAUAACUCUUGGUGGAUUUCAUCAUUCCUGUUAAACAGCAUUAUUGUACAGAUGAACAGCUCAGAUACAAAUAUUGGGCUUGGUUUAGAAAUAGUAACGCCAGAUGACGCUACAUGGAUUUUGACAUCAUCGUUUGUUAUAUUUACUAUGCAAACAGGAUUUGGACUUCUUGAGUCAGGGGCUGUUACAAAGAAAAAUGAAGUAAAUAUCUUGAUGAAGAAUGCAGCUGACGUUGUAUUAGGAGGCCUGUCUUAUUGGAUGUUUGGCUAUGGCUUACAAUAUGGUACUGGACUAGGUACAACAUUCUUCUGCGGCAUUGGUUCCUUUUUAUUAGAUUCCGAACCCCAGAAUAUGGGAGUAGUAUUUGCAACUUUUAUAUUUCAACUUUCAUUCGCUACUACAGCCACAACUAUUGUGUCUGGUGCAAUGGCAGAAAGAACAGAUUUUCAUGCUUAUUGCAUAUUUUCUUUUCUAAAUACCCUAACUUAUUGCAUUCCGGCUGGGUGGCUCUGGGCAGAACGGGGAUUUCUGAAACAUCUUGGAGCUCUGGAUUUUGCUGGAUCAUGUGCGGUUCAUUUAACAGGAGGGGUAUCAGCCUUGGUUGCCGCAAUGAUGCUGAAACCACGUUUAAGACGUUACGACAAUGGACCAGAUCCACUGCAAAUGGGUAAUCCUGGAAAUGCUUUAGUUGGAACGUUUACGUUAUGGUGGGGUUGGCUUGUAUUUAACUGCGGAAGUUCAUUUGGAAUUUCGGGAGAUAAAUGGCAUUAUGCUGGAAGAUCAGCAGUAAAUACUAUAAACGCCUCAUUAGGAGGCGGCUUAGCAGGGCUGGUUUAUACGUAUGUGAAGAAUAAGCACUUUUUAGUUGGUGACUUAAUAAAUUCUAUCCUGGGAGCACUGGUUGCCGUAACAGCUGGUUCUGGCUUCCUCCGAGCUUGGGAAUCUCUUCUGGUUGGAGCCAUCGGAGCCAUACUAGUGAGUAUGGUUCCUCCUUUUAUGGACAGAUGUCACAUUGAUGACCCAGUUGGAGCCGUGGCUGUACAUGCUAUGGGAGGUUUAUGGGGCAUGCUUGCAGUUGGACUCUUCAUUGACAACGAUAGUUUGCUCAAUUUAAGUCAAGGAAGGAGUGGUUUAUUCAAAGGUGGUGGUUUUUAUCUUCUUGGAGUUCAACUACUUUCUUGUGUGGUAGUCAGCGCCUGGAGCAUGCUUACAACAUUUGCCAUCCUAAAGGUAAUUAAUUACUUCAUACCCAUUCGACUCGCUCCUCCUGAAGAAAUUCUUGGAGCUGAUUUUGUCGAACACGAUAUCCGGCACGAAGGAUACGAUUAUGAAGUCAUGAUGCUAGAACUGGAACGCUUAGGAUUGAAACUGCGUCACCCGCGGAUCCACAGCCCUCCCCGAAGCCAGUGGGACGAACAUCUUAUACUUCAGUACAUUGAAAAAGUCCUGGUAAAAUGCGACAGUUCUGACUCUUCAUCCGAUCCCUUGACUACAACAGAAACAACAGAGUCUAACAGAGUUCAUGAUAAUUUCUUCAACCGUGAUGAACGAAGGGCAGAUGGUUGUACAGUGUCUUAAAUUACUGCCUAAGCGUACUUCCUUGUGCUGCUGAAAACAAACUUCUACCAAACAGCAGCCAAGAUCACAUUACGACAUACAUUUUUACGGAAUCAGAGUAUUCUGAAAUUUCUCUCACUCAGUUACUAAUAGACUGUUAAAUCUGAAUUUUACUUUUAUAGAACUAUUUUAUCUGUAACAUGGUAAAUGAAUAACUAAGACAUAUUUAGUCACAAAAUACUCGCUUAUUUUAAAGUACAUCAUCGACAUCAAAUGAAACGCUUCUUGAAGUCGUUCUUCUAACAGAAAUUGCUGUACAAUAUGAAACACGAGUGAAGUAUGCAGACAAUAUAAACUUGGAUGAAGGUUAAUGAAAGAUAACUGAAUUUUCAGAAAGAUAUACUAAGCCUACUUUCAGAGAAUCAACUUCGGGGCUAAGAGAGUUUGUUUCUCCUGAUCAGUGAUUAAUCUUAAUUAAAUUAUAGUGCAUUUGAAAAAAAAUUAAUGUACAUAAAAAUAGGAGCUUAGUAGGUAUAUAGUAGAAUUUAAUAAUACUUAAAUUAGAUAAAGUAGUUAAGUCUAGGAAUUAUUAUUAAGAAAAAAUAUAUGAAUCUUUAUAAAAGUCAACCGUGAAUUUAGUGUAAAUUUCGCCUUUUAGAUAGAAGAAAGUUAGACAAGAGUAAAUAUACACCGCCUUUAUUCUCGCACCCGUUGGUCGCAGCCAUAUAUUUGCAAUUAUAAAAUUGUUAUAAAUAACGCUAAUAUUCAUUUUUUGGCGAUUUCAAACUUUAAAAAAAUCAAUUUUAGACAAAUUACGAAAUUUAACUUUUUAUGUGAUCCUCCAGCCCCCUAUACUUAUAUUUAGGAAAAUUUUAUACUCAUUUUGAAAAGCACAAUACAAAAAGUUUGUCUCCCGGAGAACAAAAAUUGAGCGAGUUCAGAGGCGGGACAAGGGUGAAUAACUAGUAGAGGCGCCAAAUUAACUGUGGAAAUUUAGAAAGCUAUUUUAAAGAAAGAAAUUAUGAAUAUUAACUUUCAAAUCGGGAACACAUCAAGAAGUAUAAAAAAUUAUGUUAUAAAUAAGCCAUUUGAAUUAUGAGAAAAUUAAUAAGAUUAAUCUGCGCUCAAAAAUGCUGAAGUUUCAAAGCGCUACAUAUAUUUAUUUUCUAAUGUUAAAUGCAUGAACUAAUGUAUUAAAGUUUAUACACGCUUAUUUACAUUAAGGUGCUGAGCUGUAUGGUCUAAACUUACCUACAAAGUAUCGUUCUGUUGACGUUAGAAAUUCUGUACGAUCUCCCUUAAUCUGAACUGUAGGCAUUGUUCAUUUUACUUUACCAUAACAAGCUUUCUGAAGUCCGCUAAUUGAGUGUGGGCGGCUACCCAGCUGCCUACAGUUUGUUGCAACAGACUUAUCACAUAAAAGCUAAUUGGAAUAGCAUCAGCAGACUAAAUAAGAUUGUUCAAAAAUUAAAUAUACCUUGUUGUAAGCACUAUUUUGCUUCAUUUUUUAUGUAAAAUUUAUGUCGCCGUUGAAUGGCACACAUGCUUUGGGAUUUUGUCUUCUUGUAUCCAUUUUUAAUUGCCCAGUUAAAUAUAAACACAAGACAGAAACUGUAUAGUUGGUUUUAUUUCCGGUUACUUCUGGGGGAUUCUUUAAAAAGACUAGAAUAUAAACAUAUAAAGUUACGACAUUUUUGAGCUAUUCUAUUGUUUAUAAUGAAAUAAUAAAAUUAAUUGUUAGUAUGGGUAUCAUAGAAAUUAAAAAAAUAGGUUUACAAUUUUGAAUGUUUUGUGGAAGAUUUGACACAAACCGUUAGGGCUACUUCUAGCAUAACAUUAGCAUAAAAUAACACGUUUGACAAGGCUUAGUUUCGUUCUGUUGCUUCUAUAGUAGCCGAUAAAAUGAAGAUAUAUUUACAAAACAUGUUUAUCUUUCUAAUGAAGUGGUGAGAAACCCAGUUUUUCAGAAAAACUGAGACGCGAAGAAAGAGAAAAAAAUAAACGCAACAAUGCUGUUGAUUUGAAGAUUUGGAGAAGGG